AUGUCGCGCACUCGGCACGCGACUCAGCGUGCAGGCCCAGCGACGACCACUCAGUCCAGCUCAGCAAGCUACUCUCUCCCAACCUCCAUGUCCUCAGCAAUGCCUGCUCAUUAUGUCUGCGAUACCCUCCCUCCUCCUCGCCUCGCCGCAGGGUCCUCCAGGUCGCCCACGCCGCCUCCCCCGACCGUGACCAUCUUUCAUCCACCCAUUCUCGAUACCGCUUCCGCACGGAUCGUUCCUGCACCGUCUGAGGUAGCCCAUUCUGAACCCGACCAGCCCAAGUCUCAGCCGUCACCGGCCCCGCCAACGGCGAGGAAACUUUGUGUGCGCCAUCAGCGCAUGGCAGAUGAGGGUACGAAUCUAAAACUGCAGCAGGCUCUCGAUGCGCUGCCCGUCCAAGAACGCGAAGCAGUCAAUGCAGUAUGGUCCAACUUCUCUUCCUCAUCCCAUCCUCGCCGCGCACUUAUUCUCCAAGGCCUUCUCACCAUGUGUUGCUUCUCCCAACUCUCCCUUCUGUCAGACCAACUCGCACAGUUGAUCCGCCUUGACCCAUUUGCCGUCGUCCCGCGGGAGGUUUCACUGAAGAUUCUGGGUUAUCUCGAUGCCACGUCCCUCUGUCGCGCUGCCCAGGUGAGCCGACAGUGGAGAAGCCUUGCGGACGACGACAUCCUCUGGCGCGGAAUCUGCGAGCAGCAUAUAGGACAGAAGUGCCUCAAGUGCGGCUGGGGUCUGCCGAUCCUGGAGAAGCGUCGCGCCGUUCGCAUACCUUCGUCCGCCUCCCCAUGCCCGUCGCCUGCCUCGAGAGAGACGUCUCCCGUACUUGGAAAGAGAGAACUCGAGCAGGAUGCCCUAAAUCUUGAGCCAUCAGCCAAGCGCAGGAAACAGGACUUGGAUCUGCAGCACGGUGACUCGCCUGUUCCGUCGUCGUCGUCGCUUCCUUUGUCGUCCGAUAUUAGCAGACCUGUCUCUCCUGCGAACCCCCUCAUUGUGCCUAGUAAUCCUUCACCGUCCGAUGCCCUCACUAGACCAUGGAAAGAUGUGUACUGUGAACGACUCAAGAUCGAGCGUAAUUGGCGUCGCGGGCGAUGCACGGUGCGCACCCUCAAGGGACAUACGGACGGCGUAAUGUGUCUGCAGUUCGAUGAGACGUUGUCUCACCCUGCGUUCCCGGUGCUCAUCACCGGGUCGUACGACCGUACUGUGCGCGUCUGGAAUAUGGAGACCUGCAAGGAGGUACACUGUCUUACAGGACAUACACGCGCCGUCCGCGCCUUGCAAUUCGACGAUGCGAAGCUCAUCACGGGAAGCAUGGAUCAUACGAUGCGUGUGUGGAACUGGCGGACCGGUACAUGCCUUCGAACGCUCGAGGGACACACGGAGGGUGUGGUGUGUUUGUGCUUUGAUUCGAACGUGCUUGCCAGCGGUAGCGUCGAUACAACAGUCAAGGUGUGGAAUUUCAGGACGGGGGAGUGCUUCACGCUUCGGGGGCACUGUGACUGGGUCAAUGCGGUACAACUGUGGGACUCGGACGGGUCGAAGUCAUCAUGUUCUUCCAUUUCCUCCGCUGCGGAUUCGGCUCUGGAAGGCGGCCUAUCUGCGUCCUCAGAUUCUGCACCCAAUAUUGAUCCUGGGAAGAUGUUGUUCUCGGCAUCCGACGAUGGCUCAAUCAGACUUUGGGAUCUUUCGCUUCGGACGUGCGUGCGACAGUUUAAGGGUCAUGUUGGUCAGGUGCAAAGCCUCAAGCUAUUAGUCUUGGACGACGAAUGUGACGAAUCCGGCCCUGAUACCGACGAGCAAGCGGACGGGGCUUACUCGAGUCCUCCUAGCCGGCCUGACUCUCCUGCAGCUCUGUCGGAGCCGAAUGUGUUCGUUCAUCCUCCUGGUUUCGAUCCUCACCUGUACCAUUCUAUACCCAAUAUUCCCCCUGCACCCUUUGCAUACGUCCAUCCCGAGCUGCCGGAGCCCGACCCCAGCAAGUCGAAGAAGGGCAAGGACAAGGCAGCAAGGGAUUCUAGAAGCGAGAAGUCGCAGAAAUGCGUUCUCAUUUCAGGGAGCUUGGACAACACGAUCAAGCUGUGGGACAUUGAUAACGGCAAGGCCAUGAGAACCUUGUUUGGACACAUCGAGGGUGUCUGGGCGGUCGCGAGCGACAAGCUGCGCCUCGUCAGCGGGAGCCAUGACCGCACCAUUAAGGUGUGGGUUCGCGAAGAAGGCCGUUGCACAGCAACUCUGGUAGGACAUAGAGGGGCGGUGACCUGCCUUGCUCUUGGGGAGGAUAAGAUUGUAUCGGGGAGCGAUGACGGAGACAUUCGUCUAUGGAGUUUCAGCGGGUGA